AUGGAAGAUACAACAUCAGAACAUUCCUGUAGGGAAGAUAAAGCCUCAGAACAUUUCUGUAGGGAAGAUAAAACAUCAGAACAUUGCUGUAGGGAAGAUAAAGCCUCAAAACAUUCCUCUAGGGAAGAUAAAGCCCCAGAACAUUCCUGUAGGGAAGAUAAAGCCUCAGAACAUUCCUGUAGGGAAGAUAUUAAGCCUCAGAACAUUCCUGUAGUGAAGAUAAAGCCUCAGAACAUUCCUGAAAAAAUAAAACCUCAGAACAUUGCUGUAGGGAAGAUAAAGCCUCAGAACUUUCCUGUUAGGAAAAUAACGCCUCAGAACAUUGAUGUAGGAGAGAUAAAGCCCCAGAACAUUCCUGUAGGGAGGAUAAAGCCUCAGAACACUCAUGUCCAGAACAUUCCUGUAGGGAAGAUAAAGCCCCAGAACAUUCCUGUAGGUAAGAUUAAACCUCAGAACAUUCCUGUUGGGAAGAUAAAGCCUCAGAACAUUCUGGAAGAUAAAGCAUCAGAACAUUUCUGUAGGGAAGAUAAAACAUCAGAACAUUGCUGUAGGGAAGAUAAAGCCUCAAAACAUUCCUGUAGGGAAGAUAAAGCCCCAGAACAUUCCUGUAGGGAAGAUAAAGCCUCAGAACAUUCCUGUAGGGAAGAUAUUAAGCCUCAGAACAUUCCUGUAGUGAAGAUAAAGCCUCAGAACAUUCCUGGAAGAAAAACAUCAGAACAUGCCUCUAGGGAAGAUAAAACAUCAGAACAUUCCUGUAGGGACGAUAAAGCCUCAGAACAUUCUUGUAGGGAAGAUAAAACAUCAGAACAUGCCUGUAGGGAAGAUAAAUCAUCAGAACAUUCCUGUAGGGAAGAUAAAGCCCCAGAACAUUCCUGUAAGGAAGAUAAAGCCAUAGAACAUUCCUGUAGGGUGGAUACAGCCUCAAAACAUUCCUGUAGUGAAGGUAAAGCAUCAGAAGAUUCCUGUAGGAGAGAUAAAGCCUCAGAACAUUCCUGUAGGGAAGAUGAAGUCCGGAACAUCCCUGAAGGGAAGAUAAAGCCUCAGAACAUUCCUGUAGGGAAGAUAAAGCCUCAGCAGAACAAUACUGUCAGGAAGAUAAAGCCUCAGAACAUUCCUGUAUGGAAGAUAAAGCCUCAGAACAUUGCUGUAGGGAAGAUAAAGCCUCAGAACAUUCCUGUAUGGAAGAUAAAGCCUCAGAAUAUUCCUGUAGGGAAGACAAACUUGAUAAAUAUGGACAAUAACAGUGAGGGAACGACUAUUUGA